GGGACUCCCAAUCACGACCGGAUGUGAUACAGCCUGGAUUUGAACCAGGGACUGUCGUGACGCCUCUUGCACUGAGAUGCCGUGUCUAUGCAGUGCCUAGAUAGCUGCGCCAGUCGGGAGCCCAAGAUACUAGUCACUAUCCGUACAGUAGGUGGCGGCAAUACAUCAAUAGGCGUAGUCUGCCAUAAAACCUCAAGGAAGAAGAAGAAGCACACUCGUGAGAAUUAUGAACCGUUGUUCAUGUAUCUGUUGUCGUUUUAUAGACAGAUGAGCGAGUCUGCCAACAAAUAUGAUCCCUCUAAAGCGCAGGAAAGUGAACUGCUCCGUUACAAGCGACAGCAGCGGUGACAGGACCAGCAAGUUUCCCGGGGUUGUCAUCUUUCUCCUGGAGAGAAAAAUGGGAGCCAGUCGGAGAGCCUUCCUCACCCGGCUCGGGCGGGGGAAAGGUUUCAACAUAGAAUACUUCUUAAGCCGUUCCAUCACUCAUAUCGUGUCCGAGAAUAAUUCUGGGGAGGAAGUCCGGACUUGGCUGGACCUCCAGACUGGAGGACAGAGCAGAGAAGGGGGAGAAGGCAGGACAGCCCGACCUGGUUCUGUCCAUCUCCUGGACAUGGUGUGGUACACAGAGAGCAUGCAUGCUGGCAUCCCUGUGAUUAUACUGGACAGACACAGACUACAGGAGAGAGAGAAGCCUGGUUUGGAGCUGGCAGUGGUCUCAGUACCCAGCUAUGCCUGUCAGAGACACACCCCUCUACUGCACCACAACACAACAUUGACCGAUGCGUUGUCCAUACUGGCUGAGAAUGCGGAGCUCAGUGAAAACGAGGGACGGGGAGUGGCAUUCCGUAGGGCAGCAGCCUUGUUGAAGUCCCUCCCCCAGGAGGUCAGAGGGGCAGAGCAACUACGAGGACUACCUUGUCUGGGGGAGCAUUCACUCAGAGUCAUCAAGGAGGUUCUGGAGGAUGGUGUAUCUCAUGAGGUGGAGACCACCACGCAUUCAGAACAGUUUAAGGCCAUGAAGGCCCUAACAGGUAUUUUCGGGGUAGGGGCGAAGACAGCAGACCGUUGGUUCAGGGAGGGAAUACACACCCCCUCCGACCUGCAAAGAUCAGGACACACACUCAACAGAGCGCAACGAGCAGGUCUGCAGUAUUAUGACGAACUAAACCUGCCUGUCACGAAAUCAGAGGCUGUUGCAAUUGGUCAGAUUGUGGAGAGGGCGGUCCAUGCUGUGCUCCCGGGGGCAGAGAUCAUUCUGAUUGGAGGAUUCAGGAGAGGUAAGCAGACUGGUCAUGAUGUGGACUUCUUGAUAACCCAUCCCGACGAGGGCAGAGAGGAGGGGCUCAUGCCUAAGGUGGUGUCCUGGCUUGAAGCACAGGGCUUCCUGUUGUACCAGAAGACCACUCGGAACUCUUAUCUGGAGAGCAAAGAGGGUCCUGCGAGGCCAGCCUCUAACAUGGACCGCUUUGAAAGAUGCUUUUCCAUCUUUAGACUGAGCACAGACAACGAAGGGAGGGAGAUCCAGACGGGGAGGGAGAUCCAGACGGGGGAUGAUCCACAGACAUACUCACCGACACUGACCAAUACAGAUCCACACACCCACUCAGACACUCACCCACACUCAAAAACGGACUCACACCCACUUCCCCAGACCCUUGUCUUCCCCAAACCCCAGACUUCAGACUUCCCCAGACUUCCCCAGACCCCAGACCAUGCCCAGAAGGUGAGCUGGGUGCUGGGUCAUUCUCAGUGCUCAGGUCCCCGGUCCUGGAGGGCAGUGAGGGUUGACCUGGUGGUCUCUCCAUACAGCCAGUUUGCCUUCGCAUUGUUGGGCUGGACUGGAUCGAAGUUGUUUGAGAGAGAGCUGCGUCGCUGGGCAGUACAUGAGAAGGCCAUGACUCUGAGCAGCCAUGCUCUGUACGACAGAAAACGGACGCAGUAUCUAAGGGCGAGUUCAGAGGAGGAGAUCUUUGCUCAUCUGGGUCUGGAAUAUAUCCCUCCCUGUGACCGGAACGCCUGACGACAACAUACGGGACUGAUAACAGAUGCAGUCUAAGCGCUAAGCUAAGCAAACCCAAGCUAACUUAAACCUAAACAUAAGCCAAAUCAAACUGAGCCUUAUCCCGAGAACAACACACAGGCCAGAUACAGCCCAGGGUAGACAAGAAGGGGGGGGUGAGAGGUGGAUAGAUCGUUACAUAUCUGUAUUUUAUUCAAUUGUAAAUAAUAGAUAACAUACAGACCCAGGAUGUUGUAAAGUACCAAAUCUAUCUAUCUUUAGUUAACUAAAUUAAAAUAACUUAACUACUCGAGCCAUUAAUUGUACAGUAUGUGCUUUUUUUUCAUAUCUGACAUAUUAGAUCAUUUUCUUUCAUUGGUGCCUUGUUAUUGAAUACGUUUUUAAUAUUUACUGCAAUUUGUUUGUAAUAUUUAGAAUGCAGUUAAACUGUGAAUUAAAAUGAUAUCAAUAAUUUUAGACUUACCAAAAAGCUUUUAAAAUGUGACAAUGUAGGCCUAAAACUGUGUGCGUUCUGAGGGAAAGUGCUUAAUAUAUGCAUGCCCUCAUGCAGUGUGUGGUUUUGUUACAUUUUGCAUGAUGACAGCAGUGGCCUAUUUACACAGCAGGUGUAUGCUACACACACACCACCAUCCAACUCACGGUCUCAGAAAUAGAAACAUUAUGUACAAAAUACAUUUUAAAAAUGCCAAAAAACACACACAGCAUAAUUGGUUAGGGGAUCGUAAAACGGCAGCCAUCUCCUCCGGCGCAUGUGACAAAUAAAAUGUGAUUCUAUUACCUCUCAUGACAUGUCUGAGCAUAUAUAUGUUUGUACGUUGAUAUAUGUAUAUACAGUAUGCCAUUUUAUAUAUUAUCAUUUUAUGCAUUGUGGUGGUUUCUGUGUGUACUCUUGUUUUUAUUUGACAGAAAUAAAACUCCCCUAUUAUUGAAUGAGGA